AUGGAAAGAUCAAAGACUACGACUAAUUUGAUAGUCAUACAAAAAGAAUAAUUGAAAUCAAUAGAUGGUAUCGGGUUUAUAUAACAAAACAAAAACAAAAUAACUUCUGUUUGCACUUAAAGUAGUUAAUUUAAUACCUUUUCAAAUUUAAAUCCAACUACUAGCACAAAUAAGUGCUUAUCUUAAUACGAGCCUAGUACCAAUAACACAUCUAUAAACCUAGGCAAUGUGACGCCUAAUUAAAUGAGAUUAAAUUAACUUAAAGAAUCUCUUAUAAAUGCUUUUGAUAAAAAGAUUAUGGAUGAUAUUUCAAAAAAUAGCAAAAAAAAUUUUAGAGUGAAGUCCUACAUUGAUGGAUCUGUGUACAAGGGAAAUUUAAAAAGUGAUUAAAGAGACGGAAAGGGAGUUUAUCAAUAUUCAAACGGAGAUAUUUACUAUGGAGAGUGGAAAAAUGAUAAAUUCAAUGGAUAAGGGCAGUACUGUUUCGCGAAUGGGGAUAGGUACGAAGGAAACUUAUAGGAAGGCUAAAAGAAUGGUAAAGGAGUUUAUUUCUAUAAUGAUGGAAAGAAAUAUGAUGGUUACUGGAUGAAAGAUAAAAAAAACGGAUAUGGAAUAAUUUUUAGUGAGGAUUCUAAUGAGUAUUAUGAAGGAAACUGGAAGGAUAAUGAUAAAAGUGGGUUAGGAAUAUAUUAAUACAAUUACAAUAUUAAAUACGAAGGGGAAUUUCUAGAAAAUAAGAAGCAUGGUUAAGGUGAUCUUUACUUUUUAGAUUCAAAUGAAAAAUAUUCUGGAUAAUGGGUAGAAGAUAGAGCAUAAGGUUAAGGUACUUUUACUUAUUAGAAUGGAGAUGUCUAUUCAGGUGAAUUCUAUAUGGGAAUGAAGCAUGGUAAAGGCAUUUACAAGUAUGCAGAAGGUAAAUCUUAACCAGCUCUUGUUUUUGAAGGAAAAUUUAAAGAAGACGAAAUGGCUGAAGGAGAACUUACUUUUUAAAAUGGAGAUAGAUACAUCGGAUAAUUUGAAUCUUUUAAAAAGCAUGGAUUUGGAAAAUAUUUAUACAGUAAUGGAGAUGAAUAUGAAGGAGAGUGGAAAAAUGACUUAAAAGACGGCUAAGGAAUUUUUCGAACUAAUAAUGGAAUAGUGAUAGAAGGUAAGUGGGUGGAAGGAGAGUAUGAACAAAACAAUUAAAAAGCUAAUUCUUUGACUCCCUAAUCAAAUCAAAACAAAUAAAUAAAUAAAAAUGGCAUCAUCAAUAACUUUAAAAGCAAAUUUGUAAAUAAUAAUUCGAAUAAAUAGUUUUUGUUUGCAGCCAUCUGA